AUGUGGUAUGUCCCCUUUUCUGCCCCCACUAGCCAGCUCCUCCCACCUGACUCAUUCACCAGCAAACACAUCCUCAACGCCCAAGUAGCGAUUCGCUCACCCUGCUGCAAGAAAUGGUUCGACUGCGCCGAAUGCCACCACGAGUCAGAGUCGCACCCUUUACUGCCCUCAAUCGAGAUGACAUUCGCGUGCAAGAAAUGCAGGAAGUGUUUCCGUAAGGACGCGCAGGAGUUCGAGGAGGCCGACGAGUACUGUCCCCACUGUGACAACCAUUUCGUGCUCGAGGCCGUAGUGCCCAAGCCCGCACUGCGCGUCGAGGGCGAGGAUGCCCGCGUGGACGCCCGCAUGCUUAAGGAUGAGCGCGUUAAGCCGCAGCCUGGGCAGGAGCUGAGGACUAUUUUCGAUGCGGAUAAAGAGGCGGGGAGGUUGGGUUGA